UCGGGAUUUCAGUGGGAAUGCCUGUAAGGGUGCCCGGUUUUCUCCUUGCCGCUGAGUGUCUGAACGUCGCUUUUCCGCGGUGCCCGUGAGUCUCAGGGGAAGGGCUGAUCUCUCCUCUCCUGUGACUAAUAAAGAUGAGGAGGGCUGGGCUGGGUGAAGGAGCUGCUGGCAGCAACUAUGGUUAUACCAAUAGCGGCUAUAGUGUAUAUGAGGAAGAAAAUGAGAAGUUAACAGAAAGUUUGCGUUCAAAAGUCACUGCCAUAAAAUCUCUUUCCAUUGAAAUUGGAACAGAAGUUAAACAACAUAAUACAUUAUUAACUGAAAUGGACAAUGAUUUUGAUUCAACAAGUGGAUUCCUUGGUGCAACAAUGGGCAGACUGAAAAUCCUCUCCAGAGGAAGCCAGACAAAACUGUUAUGCUACAUGAUGUUGUUCUCAUUGUUUGUCUUUUUUGUGAUUUAUUGGAUUAUUAAAUUGAGGUGAUGCAGAUCUCUAUUAUGAGAUUAUUCACACCAUCUUGAAAGCUUUUUUUUGAGAAAAUUGAUAAUUUUUGUAACUGGAUUUAGGAUUAAAUGCAUUGAAUCUCUUCUGUAAUUCUUAAAUGCUUAUCAAGCCAGAAGCAGUGUCACUUUAAAACAAAAACAAAAAAAACCUUAUUUUGUAGACUUUCCUGAACUGAAUUUUGUUCAAAAGUGAACUCUUUGUAAACAAAACAAAAGUUUACUAAGUAGUUCCAUUAUUGAAACAGGCAUUUUCCUAUUUAGAAAUUACACUAUAUAACAACAGUUGCUUUUUUUCCUAGUAAUAAAAAUAAUAUUGGUAA